UAAAUUUUAUUGAUUGGGAAAAAUACUCCAUAAAUAGUCGGAAAAUUGGAAGCCUCUUCUUCUUCUUGGUUGUUCGCAGUCACCACCACCAUAUCCCGCUUUCUAUAUGCAUACAAAGCCUACACCCAUCCGAUUAUAUAUAUGAUCCAGAUUUCUUCCAAUCGUCUCUAAUUUUUGCCAGAUAUACCAUCUACAUCGCGGAUUCAGAGUGGGAUUUUCAGUAGCUGCUCUCAAUCUCAUCGAAUUGCUACGGACAAGCUCGAUUUUCACUUUUGUUUUGUCCGUACCGUUUUCGGUUCCUAAGUAUUUGGUAUUUGACGAGGUGUUUGUUUUGAUGGGUAAAAUUAGGGUUUUUGGGCUAUGAAGAGGUAUUUUUUAGGUCGACUUUGUUGAUCGUUAUUCAAAUUGGGAUUUGGGUUUUCUGUGAGUGUGUUGAGAUUCCAGAUUUGGUAAUUAAGUAGGGUUUGGAGAUAGGUUUUUUUUUCAGUGAUGGUGAAUGUGAAUGGGAAUGACCCCUUGGAGUCUUUUCUUAAUUCGAUUGAACUUGUGAAGAAUGCUCUUGGUCCUCUUGAAUCCAGUUUUAGGAAAGCUGCAAGAGACUUUGAGCGUAGGUGGCCUGGUAGUAAGAAUGAAACGAAAACAGGCGAAAUUGCAAUGAGAAACGAGGGUAAAGUUGAAUUGUUUGGUGUGAAGAAAAAAAAUGGUCAGGGAAUGGUUGGUGAUGAAAGAAAGAAGGGUUUGUCAAGUAAGGUCCCAUUUAAGUCAUUCUUGGGUAUUUUCAUUCAAAAUGAUGCCGGUAACAGUGACCGCAGGGUUGAUAUGUCCAAGAAAGAGUUAGAUGUACAGGAUUGCAAUAAAGAGGAUGGAACUUGCAUUAAUUGCAUGCAAUUUGCAGUGACCUGGUCUUUGCUGGUGAGUAGUUUUGUUCAGGCUGUUCCGGGCCCAUUCAGGAAUGGUAAAAAGAAGCUACAGAAAAAGACUAAUGGAGAUAAGCUUUGUAAACAUAUGCAUGUGAGUGAGUACAAGUCAAAGAUUUCUAGAGAUAAAAAUGACUUUAUGGCUAAAGGGGCAUUCCCAGAAGAUAUUCCUGGUGAUACAAACCAGACAAAAUUGAAAAGUGGGCUGAUUUUGCUACCAUGUGAAGAAACAUUGGAAACUAAAGAUGGAAAUAAUAUGUCACUUGAGCACUUUAUUGGGUUUGUCUUUGAUCAGCUUGCUCUGAAUCUACAGAAGUUUGAGUUGGGUGCCCAAGAAAGUGGAAGCGAGAAAUGUGACUUCUCUAAGGUUCCUCCCCCUACAAACCAGGUUGAUCAUUUUAAGGCUGUUGGUAGUCUUUUGGAAGGUAAAAAAGCAGAUUUCAGUGGAUUUUUGGGAAAUUUGAAGUUUGCAAGAGUUGGAGGCGUUCCAUCAGGUAUUGUCGACUUAACUUCUCCGGUUAAGGGCGAGAGUGAUGAUAAUGUUAGCUCAAAUGGUACAGAAGAGAAUGUUAGCAGUUUCUCACAGAAGAUGGCUAAUGGGUUACUCAGUAUUCCUUUAUCAAAUGUUGAGCGUCUGAGGUCCACAUUGUCUACUGUUUCAUUGACGGAACUAAUUGAACUUGUACCCCAGUUAGGACGGUCGCCAAAAGACCAUCCUGAUAAGAAGAAACUUUUCUCGGUCCAGGAUUUCUUCAGAUACACAGAGGCAGAAGGAAGGAGAUUUUUUGAGGAGUUGGAUAGAGAUGGUGAUGGGCAAGUCACUCUGGAAGAUCUUGAGGUUGCUACUAGAAAGAGAAAGCUUCCUCGGAGAUAUGCUCAUGAAUUGAUGCGCCGCACUAGAAGGCACUUGUUUUCAAAGUCAUUUGGUUGGAAACAGUUUUUGUCCUUGAUGGAACAGAAAGAACCAACAAUCCUUCGAGCUUAUACUAGUCUCUGUUUAAGCAAAUCCGGGACGUUGCAGAAGAGUGAAAUCUUAGCAUCACUAAAAAACGCAGGACUUCCUGCAAAUGAAGAUAAUGCUGUUGCCAUGAUGCGCUUUCUCAAGUCCGACACUGAAGAGUCUAUUUCUUAUGGGCAUUUCAGAAACUUUAUGCUUCUUCUCCCAUCUGACCAGCUUAAAGAAGAUCCCCGGAACUUAUGGUUUCAAGCUGCUACCGUUGUAGCUGUGGCACCUCCUGUGGAAGUGCAUACCGGAAGUGUUCUAAAAUCUGCAUUGGCUGGAGGCCUUGCUUGUGCAUUGUCCACGUCUGUAAUGCAUCCUAUUGACACAAUAAAGACUCGAGUACAAGCAUCAACCCUUACUUUCCCAGAAAUUCUUGCAAAACUUCCACAAGUUGGAGUUCGUGGAGUAUACAGAGGCUCCGUUCCUGCCAUUAUAGGACAAUUUUCAAGCCAUGGAUUACGAACUGGAAUCUUUGAAGCAAGUAAGAUUGUGUUGAUAAAUGUUGCUCCAACACUUCCAGACCUACAGGUUCAGUCUAUAGCAUCAUUCUGUAGCACUGUUCUGGGAACGGCAGUAAGAAUACCGUGUGAAGUAUUGAAGCAAAGGUUGCAGGCGGGCAUAUUUAACAACGUGGGCGAGGCAAUCGUCUGCACAUGGCAACAAGAUGGUCUUAGAGGUUUCUUCCGUGGGACCGGUGCUACUCUUUGUCGUGAGGUUCCAUUUUAUGUCGCAGGCAUGGGACUUUACGGAGAGUCCAAAAAGGUUGUUCAGCGAAUAUUGGGACGAGAACUGGAACCAUGGGAAACGAUUGCAGUUGGGGCUAUAUCUGGUGGUCUAGCUGCUGUCACUACGACACCUUUCGAUGUGAUGAAAACUAGAAUGAUGACUGCACCUCAAGGGCGGCCUGUCUCAAUGUCAAUGGUGGCAUUAUCAAUUCUCCAACACGAGGGUCCACUUGGAUUAUUCAAAGGGGCGGUCCCUAGGUUCUUCUGGAUCGCACCACUCGGUGCUAUGAACUUUGCAGGCUACGAGCUCAUGAAAAACGCUAUAUCCAAAAGCGAAGAGCAGCCAACUCUAGAGCAGCAAGCUGCAGAGCAGCUUUCACAGAAGUAGCAGCAGCGGUAUUGAUAAUUGUUUGGUUUUAUUUGUAAGCAUGUGAAACGCCCUGAGGAAGUUUUGAAUGUUUUCCACAAUCGAGUGGCGACACGCUACAAAUUUCAUCUGCCGACAUCUCGAUGGUCAUUUUUAGGAUGUUUACAUCCGAAACCUGUAUGGAUUGCUAGUCAUGUUAGCAACAUCCCUUUUUGUUUCCUUCUACAUGCACAUUUUGACUUGCACUGUACAUGACUUGUGUAGGUUCUUUAUAUGAAUUUCGUUGACGCAGACUCUGUGUAAGUUAUUGCCAUCGUUUGUUUCACGAGCCGUGGACAACGGUGAUAUGUUUUUGUUCUAGAUAGGGAUUAUCGUCGCUAUUUCCUAAA